AUGGCCGAGAAGAAGGAGAAGAAGGAGAAGAAGGAGAAGAAGGAGAAGAAGGAGAAGAAGGAGAAGCGCGAGCGAUCGUCGGACGAAGAAACCGCGGAUGAGGUUGAGGACAAGCGCCCAAAGGUUGAAGACGCCGAAGAAGAGGAAGAGGACGGAUUCAAGGUGCACAAGAAGUCCGAUGCCGAUCUCUCGGGCAAAGCCACGAUCUCGACCGGGAACUACGAAGAUAUCACGCUGAACUGCCGCGAUUGCAACGGUGAGUUCGUGUUCACCGUCGGUGAACAAGAGUUUUACUCGUCGAAGGGUUGGACCAACCAACCGACGCGAUGCGAGCCGUGUAAGAAGGCGAAGAAGGAACGCUUUGGUGAGGACGUGCCGAAGUGCUACGCGUUCGAGCGCGGUGAAUGCAAUCGUGGGGACUCUUGUAGGUUCUCUCACGGACCGGGAAGCGCGGCCGGUCGCGGUGGCGGCGGCGGCGGCGGCGGCGGCGGCGGCGGCGUGUGCUACGCGUUCCAAAACGGCAACUGCUCGUACGGCGAUUCGUGCCGAUUCUCUCACGACCCGAACGCACCACCGUCGCGACCGGGCUCCAGAGGUCCGCCCGGGAAGUGCUACGCCUGGGCCGAGGGUAACUGCACGCGAGGCGAUUCGUGCCGUUUCUCUCACGAGUGA